AAUCCUCUGAUUUAUACUUCUUAAGUUUAGAGCUAUAGCUGUUUGGUUUUGUUGUCAAUUUUUGGUUGUAUAUUUAUAUUUUCACUUGGUUGCUACUGGUAUUUUACUUGGUCUUGCAUGUGUUUGGUUGUGGACUAGGUAUUAGGUUUAGGGACUAGGGUACAAAAACAUGAAUAUGCAGAGAAGUAAUUAGUGGAAGAAUAUCCUGUUGCAGUUUUGGUUUAUCUAAAGCUCUUGUGGCCGUCUAUUUAUCUAUUACCAUUUUAUGUGCUAUCCCAUUUAGCUUUUGGUUUAGUAUGAUACACAAGAAUACAAGAUGUGUGUGUGUGCGCGUGUGUUUUUUGGGUUAUAUGAGAGGAUUGUUUGUGUCAUCUUGAGAUUGGCAUUCUGUAAGUGAUUUGGUUACUUGGCUGGAGAAUAUCUUUUGGAUAUUGGUAUUUAAUUUUUGACUUGUUCCAAGAACAAUCAACUGUUAAAUCUUACUUAUUUGGUUAAGUUAGAUUUAGCCCUGAUAUUCUUGGACAUCAGCUAUUGACACAAUACUUUUGUCUUGCAAGAAGUUGACAUUGAAGAAUAUUCUUAUUAAUUGAGUGCAGGAUUCAUCCUUGGUGUUGUGAACAUUCUGCACAAAAUGCAUGCAGUAAAGUGUGCAUGGGCUGGGCAAGCAUUUGCAGUUGCUGGUUGCAAUGAUUCUGGAGGAAGGAAGACAAGGAUAAGGCGCUCAAAGGAGGAGAGAAAAUCCAUGGUUGAGACUUUUAUAAACACAUAUCAGAAAUCAAAUAAUGGGAAUUUUCCUUCACUGAAUCUUACACACAAGGAAGUUGGUGGUUCUUUCUACACAGUACGGGAAAUUGUUCGAGAAAUAAUUCAAGAAAAUAGAAUUUUAGGCCCUGCUAAGUUUCCCUCAGAAGAGCUGACUGAUGAACAUCCAUUAUUUUCCCUAUCAGUUGAACCUCAUUCUUCUUUAUCAUCUACAGAUGCCAUUCCUGUUAUUACAGACGUUGCACCCAAUCACUACCAGAGUACAAGUGAAGAAAAUGUUUUAGAUUCCAAUGGGCACAUUCAUGGAUUUGAUAAGAACCAGUCAGAUAAUGAACAAAUGGUUGGUGUUAGAAGUGACAUACUUGAACAAGACAGACAUGAAGAACCAAAUAUACCUAGUCGUAAUGAAAUUCUUGAAGAUGAACGAAUUUUGCAUUAUAAUUUGAAAUUAUCUGAAACAGAUGUUGAGGAACUUAAUGAUGAAAAAACUGUUGAGUGCAGUGAUGCAAUAGAGAAAGAUGACAACAUGAGUAAUGACACUUCAAGGAAUCUUUUGCUUCAUCAUCAAGGUGAUGUCGAAGAUAAUAAGAUUUCCUGUUCCUCUGGAAAUGUCACUGAAACUGAAGCUCAGAAUGAGAGUUUGUGCAGUGAGGAAAUUGUUGACGGAAGCAGUCUUACAGUUGAGAGAGUUGAAACACCUCAAGAACCAAUCUAUAUAGAGUCACCAGUAAAGGAAAGUUUGGCAGAUAAUGAAGAUGGGGCAGAAGAACUCAAGGUAUCAAAAGCUGGUGCCGCUCGCAAGAUUGCUGAUGUAGUGGUUGAAAAGUUUCCAUUGCGGCCCAUUUCUAUGACAGCUUUUGACUCGGAUGAAAAUAUAAGUGAAAUAAAUGGCACUUCACUAGGAACCAGAAGAGAGCAUGACGUUAUAAACUCUUCCAAAAAUCAUUCUCAUUUGAUGAACAAGAAGGUUGACGCAAUGCUUGCAGGUCCAGCGUUGGAGAUGAGUUCUGAAGUCAUGAACAAGAAAGUCCUGGAAUCAUCAUUGCAAAGUUCAACUUCCUCCACAAAUGAAACAGCCACUGCUGCUGACUUAAAAGUAAAGGAUUCAUCUGUUGAAACCAAGACUUUUACUGGUAGUUCCAACAGAUCUUAUGAGAAACUAGUUUCAGAGGAGCCUCUUGCAAUAAAAAAUAGACCUGGUACACAAGAACAUGACAGCAGCCAUCAGAAAGGAAAUAAUCCUCCACUUGAUAGAAUCAAUCUCAGUGAAACAUGGAAAGAGACCACAGGGACAACCACCAAGCAUGAAACAAAUCCAGUUUUGGCUUUUUUCAAGGCCUUGAUCACUCCCAUUAUGAAACUUUUGGACUGAAGCAUGGCUUUUCCUUUGAACUUGCCCAGAAUAUAGAUAGAUCAUGGCAAUCUCUUCAAGUCCUAUUUUUCAAUGUUUCCUUCUAAAGUUUUGCAUGGAUUGGAUUGAUUUUGAAUGACCUUGAGACUACGGACAGUGUGUCCCAUUCACCACUUUCUUUGCUAGCUAGAUAUUGAGGUACUUAGGCUGUGAAUUGUGAUGGAACAUGUUAUUCUUAAAGUAGGUAAAAUAUUUGGAGUUGUGGAUUGAGCUAGUUGCGCUGCAUGUUAUAUUCUUAGGAAUGUGAAUAUGGUAAUAUCAGUUUCCUUAUUUGAUUCAA